GCUUUUUUGUUGAAACUUGAAAUUGCUUGAUUUAUGAAUCUGUGUGAUGAAAGAUCAUUUUUGUGGCCUUUGUGGGGAAUUCUAUUGUUAUAAAAAUUAUAAUAAUUCAUUGAAUAGAAUCUUUUGAGACCUUUCAUCUUUAUCAAGAUGUCUGACAACGAGGAGUUAUUUACGACGCGUAUGAGAAAAGCGACGAGGAAAAUUCAUUCAGUGAGCGACGCCCUAAUAAAUGCGAAAUUCGCCUUUUCUCUAAGGGAUGAAACAGUCUGGAGUGGAGGGCUAUUCAUCUUUUACCACAUCUUUGCUUUCUUAGAAGACGCCAAGAACAGAUUAAAUAUGCCAGACUUUGACAAACUUUUUGUAAACAAAAUUUUAUUCAGAAAACAAGCAUUUGAAGAGGAUCUAUGCCACUACUUGGGUGCAAAUUGGCAAGCAUUACCUAAAUCCAAUGCUCUAGAGAAUUAUCUUGAACACUUGCAAAACCUUGAGCGUGAAAAUCCACAGCUGUUGAUGGCUUAUGUCUACCAUCUCUACCUUGGCUUGCUGAGUGGUGGGCAGAUUCUAGCUAAGAAGAGAAAUGUAUUUGGUGAAAAUAAUCAUGAUCAAGUGAAGUACAUCGACAAAGUAACAGAUUUUACAGGAGUUGAUAUACCACAAUUGAAGAAAGAUUUCCGACAAGCUAUGAAUGAAAUUGCAAGCAAAAUGUCUGAAGAUGAGAAACAGGCAUUAAUUGAAGAGAGCAAUCAAGUGUUUCUGAUGAACAAUUUGAUUGUUAAUUCAGUUGGUGGACAGAACCAAGUUCUCUGCAAUAUGUUAUAUAAAACUUCAGCAGUGCUUUUAGUUGUCGCUGGUGUUGUAUUGGCUUAUAGAUGGUAUAAGUGAGUUGUAUGUAAAGUUGUGCAUUAAAUUAAUAUAGCUAGGUAUCCACUAUGUUCAACUACCAGCUCUAGUGUAUAUGUGCAACCACGUCAAUCUAUUAUACUAAUAAUAUUAUAAAAGUAUAAUUUUUUAGUUAUACAAACUAGAUAGGCAUGUAUCUCCAUAACUGAUAUUAUCUAAUUCUGAUAGUUCUUACACUUACAGAUAACUACAUUAACCUCUGGCAAUAUAUUGUAAUUUAUAAAUUAAACUUUUCCACAAAUUAAAUUAUUAAAUAUUGUGGAAAGCCACAGGCUAAUGCUGCAGAUAUUAUAAUUUCCAUUGGCACUAUUUUCACCUCCUCUAACUUUUGACAAGGUGUGAGUUUGGAUACUAAUUGAGCAUGUGUACAUGUCCAGUGUCCACUCUGUCUUUAAGUUUGGUGUGCGGGCGACAGAUCACAAAGUCGCGUUAAGCAAUGAGAGGCAUAGUAUGACGUAAGAUGAUCGCCAACCAAACACGGACACUACACAGUAUGUGUUCAGUCAGUCGUCACUGUUAUAUCACGCGACCGUGU